AUGGGGUUUAUACAUGAUGGGACCUUGAUAUCUCUCAUUCUCGGCCACCUCUUGUGCAUAGUGCUAGGCUGGGUAGCCUGGCAGCGUUUUGUCGCUCUGUCCGAUAUCCCAGGGCCCUUCUGGGCUUCAGUUACUCGCCUCUGGCACGCGAAGCAGAUCAGAGAUGGCCGCCAGAUGGAUUCCAUAUUGAAGUUACAUGACAAGCUUGGGCCCUUUGUGAGAAUUGCACCGGACGAAGUCAGCGUCACGCAUCCUGAAGGUGUCCGAAAGCUCCUCAUUGAUCCACUGCGCAAGGGCUAUUGGUAUGAAACACUGACGUUUCCGGAUUCUACAUAUCGCCCGGCGAUCUCGAUCGUUGAUGUCAAGGAGAAGAACGAGAGAUCUAGGUUGUUGGCAUCCGCAUACGCGACCUCAAGUAUUCUGCAUUCUGAGCAGGCCCUUGAUAGACAGAUUGAAUCGUUACUCAAGUGGAUGGGGAAUUAUGCUGCAUCGUCCAAGCCCAUGCAACUCUCAGAGUUCUUUACAUUCACUGCAUACGACAUUAUGGGCGAGGUCAUGUUCUCAAAGCCCUUUGGAUUCCUUGAACAGGGUUCCGACAUCGAAGACUCGCUUCGUCAAGGGCUAGAGUUUGGUUCCUAUGCCGCAAUUCUUCCUUACUUCCCCUGGCUCCAGAGGAUACUCGUCAGUCCUAGAAUAGCUUCGCUAGAGCUCCUGCCGUUCAACUUUAUCGUAAGAAGAUCCAUCAAUGCUCUCAAUGAGCGAAAAUCAAACCCAGAUGCCCGCUACGAUUACGUCGCCCACUGGCUCAAAACACAUCAGAAGCACCCGGACAGGCUGACAGCCAAAGAUGUUCAGGCUGCUGUCACAACUAAUGUCAGCGCCGGUGCGGACACCGUCUCCUGCGCCCUACAAUCCUUCGUGUAUCACGCCAUCCGGCAUCCAACAGCCUGGCAGCGUGUUAGAGAUGAGAUAGCCGAGGCUAUGAAAGAAGGACACUGCCAAGGUGACGUGAUCUCAUUCGCAGAUGCACAGAAAUUGCCCUACCUGCAGGCAUGUAUCAAAGAGAGUUUACGUAUCUUCGUGCCUGCGUCUAUAGGGCUCCCGAGGGUCGUUCCCGAGGGAGGGAUCACCAUCGGGGAGCGAACAUUCGCUGCAGGUACAAUGCUGUCCUUGUAUCUACCGGGUAUCAUGUUGUCCAAAGACAUCUGGGGAAAAGAUGCAGAGUCCUUUCGGCCCGAGAGAUGGAUGGAUGCGGACUCGGCUGCAUUGGAGAAGUACUUCAUCCCUUUCGGCCUGGGUUACAACUCCUGUGCUGGGCAAAAUCUCGCCAGGAUUGAGUUGUCAAAGAUAUUACCGACCCUAGUACGCGAUUUUGACGUCGAACAGGUCAACCCCAAUCAGGAGUGGUCGUAUAAGCCUUACGUCACGGUCGUUCCCGGAGGAUGGCCAGUCUACAUCAAAAGACGAGGCGCCGCCGAUAGCAAACAUACAUAG